AUGGAGUCUCUCAAUCUCAUCAAUGGCUAUGGCAAAGUAAAACCCUCAGAAGACCCAAAUUCUUUGCCUAAUCAACAAAAGGCCAUAACCCCAAGGCGUCUCAAAAUCAUCGCCAUCACUUUAACCGUUGCAUUAACCCUAAUAAUCGGCGCCGUCAUCGGUGCCGUCAUCCAUGAGUCAAUCACCGAGCCACCCGAGUCCGAAGAGGGGCUCGCCUCCAACUCCGCCGAGUCACUCAAAACUGUCUGCGCCGUGACUCGUUUCCCCGACUCUUGCUUCUCCUCUAUCUCUUCCCUAAACAAGCCACUCACUGCGAAUCCUUUGAACUUCUUCAACCUGUCUCUUGAAGCCACGGUGCGAGGACUCUCGAACCUAACUUCUCUUCCUAAAGAAUUGAUCUCGAAGUCAAACGACAAGCCGACUGAGUCGGCGUUGAAGGAUUGCAUCAGUUUGUUCGUCGAGGCGGUGAGUCAACUCAAUAGAUCGUUCGAGUUGAUGAAGAUGGGUCCGGGGGAGAAGGUGUUGACCGAUAUGAAGAUCAGUGACCUACAGACGUGGAUUAGUGCUGCCAUGACUGAUCAGGAUACUUGUCUGGAAGGGAUCGGAGAGAUGGGAUCAACGGUUCCGAAUGAAUUUAAGGUGAAGGUGCAAAAAUCCCAGGAGUACAUGAGCAACAGCUUAGCUAUUCUCAAUAAUAUCCAAAGCCUAUUCGAAAAAUUUGGCCUCACGAUGCCUUGA